GCAAAAAUGCAUCAUGUCCCAUUUUUCUGUGCUAUAUAGUAAUUUUUGGUAGUUGUUUGGCAUUGCUCGAGCGAUUGGACGUGUUGAACGUUUUGAAUAUGGAUACUAAAGACAAUAUAAAAACGCUGUUGUUAUUAUAUGAACAACAUCCUUUGUUAUAUGUUGUAAAAUCUGCUGAAUACCACAAUCGAACCAAAAGAGAGAAUGCUUAUCGACAAAUAUGUCAGCAAUACCAAGAAAUAACACAACAGCCUUUAACUAUAGAAGCUGCUAAAAAAAAAAUUAAUAAUUUAAGGUCGCAGUAUUUAGAUUACGUUAACAAAAUAAAAGCAUCGAAAUCAAGUGGCAUGUCGACUAAUGAUAUUUAUAAACCCACAUGGUGGUUAUUCGAAGAUAUGAAAUUUCUCGAUCCACACAUUGCUCAAAGAAAAGGAGAGUCUUCCAUAACAGUUUCUAGUCAACAAAGUAGCUGCUUAGAACAUAAUACUGCAGAAGAGGAAAGUGACAACGAAGAUCUUCAAUUUAUAGAGGUUGCUAAUAUUUUAAAAGCACAAGAUUCUAAUAAAGAGAAUACUGAGCCAAAUCUUCAGCCAAAUCCAUCAUCGUGUAGUACUAGUUCAACCGGAUCACAAAGAGCAACAUCAAAACGUGGAAAAAGGAAAUUUGAAACUUUAAGUAAUAAUUCAUCAAAAGAUGAAUUUUGGACAGCAGCAACAAAUGCUAUCCAAACUAUAUCAAACAAUGACGAUACUGCAGAUGAAUUAAAAUACUGGAUAUUGUACGUAGAAAGUAAAUUACGUAAAAUUAAGGAUCCAAAAUCAUUGAACUACUUACAGAAAGAGAUUAUUGCAUUAAUAGAUAAUGAAAAUAUUUAAUAAGUGUUCCUAUGUUCCUAUGUUUCUAUGUGAUAAGGGUUUUGUUGACCACGUCCCGAUUUACCACAAGCCAUUCACAGUGCUUGUACAGUGGAAAAACUUUAGGCACCGGUCUCUGUGAGUGGCUGUGGUCAAGGACAUGGUCAAACGGAACGCUCCCUUUCUAUGCUUAUAUACAUAUUUGCAAAUGUUUGCAUAUUA